UAGGUUCAUAUGGACCCAGUAACUUUAGACAAACUAUAAAUGUGUAUUACGAAAUCCACAAAAAAAUUGACUAUAAACUCAAUACUAUUGAAUAUUAAUUUGAGAUUGUGGUAGGAACCCGUAAAUAUCAAAUUACACAUACACCUCUGCAUUAAUCUCAAAAUUUUAGCGCGAUAGUUCUAUCCGUAUACACAAGGCAAAAUUUGCAUGUUCCAUUACAUAUUUACAUCUUAAGCUCUAGUGAGGUACAAGCCCUCCACUUGAAGCAAUGCAUAUAUGCCUUUGCUCUCAAAAGAAAUGUAAUAAAUACCAUUGGUUAUAAUAUAAUAAAUUAAAAGUAAACUCUUAAAACAGAAUGUUCAGUUUGUACUUUAAAAAGCAGACUCUCCAGAAUUAAAGAAGCUAGCUCUAUCACUCCCCACUACUCAGUAUUACUGAGCUUCACUCUCAAAGUAUCAAAAUGCUGAUUUUAUCUCAUGAACUCUGUGUAGCAUUCUGCGUAUUCCUUUUUCUUGCCAGCACAAAUGGGACACAACUUAUUCUAGUGAACAACUGCAGAAGAAGCCUAUGGCCUGGAAUUCUUGGCAAUACAGGGAAGAUGACUCCUAAGGAUGGUGGCUUUCAUAUGAAAAGUGGUGAGGAAGUAGUCUUUGAUGUGCCUAAGAAGUGGUCGGGUAGGAUAUGGGCCAGACAGAAUUGCCACUUUGAUAAGACUGGCAAAGGCUCGUGUGACACUGGCGACUGUGAUGGCCAGUUAAAAUGUCGGGGGCUAGGAGGUAAGCCCCCGGCUACAGUUGUGGAAAUGACACUAGGCUCAUCGACUUCCCCCUUGCAUUUCUACGAUGUGAGCUUAGUCGAUGGCUUCAACGUGCCAGUUUCAAUGAGAGCUGUGGGUGGAGGAAUAGGUUGUGGCGUGGCGGAGUGUGAUGUUGAUUUGAAUAUAUGUUGUCCAUCAACACUGGAAGUGAAGGUUGGUGGGAAAGUGGUAGGGUGCAAGAGUGCUUGCUUAGCUAUACAAUCAGCCAAGUAUUGUUGCACAGGACAGUUUGCAAAUCCCAAAACUUGCAAACCAACUAUUUUUGCUCAUCUUUUUAAGGUCAUCUGCCCCAAGGCUUAUAGUUAUGCAUUUGAUGAGUCUUCUAGCCUAAACAAAUGUAGAGCUUCAAGGUAUGUCAUUAUUUUUUGCCCUCCAAAAUGAGGAAUUUGAAAAUCUAUAUACAAGUUUUUGUGCCUUAGGAGUGGAUGGAAGCAGAUAUCCAUCUAAAGGAACUUUCUUGUCCAAACUUAUGUAAUUGUCAGUCCCAAUAAAAAAUUAGUUGAAGGCCAAUGAAUAGCAAUACUAGUACUGGUUGAAAUUCCCACAUGGUGAUAAAACUCACAUCCAACAAUUGAUGUUCUAAAUAUGCUGACAACAAAAAAAAAUACAGCAUUACAUGCAGAAGAUUUUAGUAAAACAGCAAAUCAAAAAAAAAAAAAA